GUUAAACCCUCCGCCUUUUGGUACAAGGGUUUUAUGUAGUACGACGAGCACAGCGCCAGUUGGACUAAAUAUUCUAAUUGCCGGAAAAACGAUGAGUUUAAUCGCCGGUUCGUACGAGCGUUUCAUAUGGGGAUUCAGACUGAAAUCUGUGAAAGACAGCCAGAGCUUUGACCUAAUUUCUCUCUUUUCCUUCCCUUCCCACCUUUCAACCAUCAGAUGCGUCGACGUUUGCGGCUCCGCCGCCGUUUCUGGCGGGUCCGACGACACGAUUAAGAUAUACGACCUCUCCACCUGUUCCGAAAUCGGUUCCCUUCACCAUUCCACAACCAUUAAUUCACUGGCAUUCUUUACCCCUCCCUCUCUAACGUUUCCCCGUAACCUUAUCUCAGCGGCCGAUGAUGGAACAGUUUCCAUCUACGACGCCGAUCCCUUCGUUCACCUUAAAACAGUGAAGGUCCACCGGAAGGGCGUCAAUUCACUUUCUAUCCACCCCUCUGGACGAUUGGCAUUGUCAGUGGGCCGAGACGAAUGCUUGGCUAUGAUUAAUUUGGUGAGAGGGAGGAGGAGUUUUUACUGCAGGUUGGGCAAAGAGGCAUCAAUCGUAAAAUUUAAUGAAAGUGGUGAAAAAUUCUAUAUGGUUAUGGAUGAUAAAAUCUCAAUACACGAGUCAGAGGAUGCAAGAAUAGUCAUGGAAUUUAAUAAUGCGAAGCAAGUUCUCUGCGCUGCCUCAGGAAAGGGUGGUAUACUGUUUACUGGUGGAGAAGAUAGGAAUAUAACAGCGUGGGACACUAAAAGUGGAAAAGUCGCAUACAGCAUCAGUGAUGCACACUCAGCCCGAAUCAAAGGCAUUGUUGUACUCUCCCAGAGUGAUGAUUCCAUUUCUGAAGUUGAUCCAUAUUUAGUGGCCUCUGCAUCAUCAGAUGGCAAAGUUAGUGUUUGGGAUAUUCGCAAUGCAAGUAAGGAAAAAUCAAAUCCACUGGCUGUGGCCAAUACGAAAUCUAGACUGACUUGUCUUGCUGGAUCAUCCAUCAAUUUUACAAGAAAAGCUUGAGUGGGAACUUAUGCCUCAAAUGAACAUCAAGGGAGUGGGCUAGUAGACUGAUCCAUAGACAAACAUCUUAUGGACCCAUUUUGAGGCCAAUAGUGUUGCAGCCAAGGGCUCCAUCACCUGGGCCAUGGUAAAGCCCAGGUCAAUUGCGUGAACUGUAAUUUUCUAUUUAACAUUAUAUUAUUGUCAUUAUAAUAUUAUUAUUCCUUUGUUCAGAUUUAGUCUGCUUUUAUUGGACCUAGGUUUAAUGUUUCAUUUAAUGAUUAAGACUCGUGCAAUAGCAAUAUAAAGGACUUUGGUACGCUCCAA